AUGGCAAAAUUAAAAGCAGCUUUGGCUAAUCAACAGUACUCUGCAGCGAAAGCAGCUGCCAAGAAGAAAUCAUUACAAGCUUCUGAAUUCAAGAAGCAGAGUAUCAAAGAUUCUUUAUCUGGUAUCAAGAAAGGUGCCAAGAGGACAAAAGCGAAAUCAUCAGAUCUUCAAUCUACGGCUCAGAAUACCACGCAAGCUGAUGUGCGGAAUCAAGAUCCAGUACAAGGAGAAGGAAAAGGAAAGGGAAAGGGAAAGGGGAAAUCAAUCAUACCGUUCGAUAAAGCAGAUACGAUAUUAUUAAUCGGAGAAGCUAAUUUUUCAUUCACCUUAUCGUUGUUAUUACCACCGCAUAAUCUAACAGGUAAACAAAUAUUGUCAACAGCAUAUGACAAUUUAGAUGUGACCUAUCAGAAAUAUCCAGACGCACAGAAAAACGUCGAAUGUUUGAAAAACGCAGGUGUAAAAAUCGAAUUUGGUGUGGAUGCUAAAAAUUUGGAAAAAUGUAAAUCUGUCAUUGGUAAAGGUAAAAAAUGGUCCAGAAUCGUCUUCAAUUUUCCUCACGUCGGAGCAGGAAUAACAGAUCAAGAUCGAAAUAUCCUAACUAAUCAGCAUCUCCUUCUUGGAUUUUUCAGAUCGGUCGAAUCACUUUUGACUGAAGGUCCAAGUCGUAUACCCCAAUCCAAGAAAAGUGCCGGUAAGAAGAAGUCUUCUUCAUCGUCAAAUCGGAAGGAAGAUCAAGAUCAAGAUCAAGAUGAUAUAGAUUAUGAUGAGAAAGGUCAUUUAAUUGAAAAUGAUGACAAUGACCAAGAAGAUGAAGAAGAAUCACCUUAUAUCCUGGAUGAAAAUGGAUUAUUAACAAAUAUACCAAUAUUCGAUAAAACAAAACAAAAUCACGAUGAUAAUAGUACAAUGACCAUACCUGAAAAACAAGGAUCAAUCUUAAUUACAUUAUUGAAUUGUCCACCAUAUACAUUGUGGAAUUUACCUAAAUUAGCUUCAAAACCACCUACUUUAUCACCCGGUACUAGAUUACUACAACCCAGAUAUACCUUAUUGAGAUCGUUUGAAUUUCAUCCUGAUUUAUACAAAGGAUAUGAACACCGCAGAACGAUAGGUUGGAAACAAGGUGUGUCGAAAGGUGCCAACGAAGAGAUAUUGAAUAGGAAAGGUAAAGCCAGAACUUGGGAGUUUGUAAGACGAGAAAAAGAUGAAACUAUAUAA